GAGGAGCUCAUAGGUGUGCCAGUGCUGGGCCGUCCCACAGGGCGUGCGCACAGGAGGUGCGGGAGCGGGGGUGUGUGUGUGUGUGUGUGUGUGUGUGGAAUGCAGCCGCCUGUGGCAGUGUGUGAGUGAGCGAGCAGGAGAGCGGACCUGGCCAGGUGUGAGCUCCUGUCCGGCUGCAGUGGGGCACAGAGGCCGGGACAGCCCGGCACAGUUUGGGAGCUACCGGUACCGACAGCGUAGGGGCGCAGGGCGACCAUGAACUCGCUGAGGCUGAAAGAGCUGACCCACUCACACCUGUACAGGCGCAGGCAGGAGAGGCCCGACAGCUUCGGGGGCAGCCUGCCCCGGGACAGUCUGAGCAACAUGGCAAAUGCCCUGGCAAAUGCCAUCUGCGAGCGCUGCAAGAGUGGCUUCGCUCCGGCGGAGAAGAUCGUCAACAGCAACGGGGAGCUGUACCACGAGCAGUGCUUCGUCUGCGCCCAGUGCUUCCAGCAGUUCCCAGAGGGACUCUUCUAUGAGUUCGAGGGCAGGAAGUACUGCGAGCACGACUUCCAGAUGCUGUUCGCCCCCUGCUGCCACCAGUGCGGGGAGUUCAUCAUUGGCCGCGUGAUCAAGGCCAUGAACAACAGCUGGCACCCCGACUGCUUCUGCUGCGACAUCUGCCAGGCCGUCCUGGCCGACGUGGGCUUCGUCAAGAACGCGGGCCGGCACCUGUGCCGCCCGUGCCACAACCGGGAGAAGGCGCGGGGCCUGGGGAAGUACAUCUGCCAGAAGUGCCACGCCAUCAUCGACGAGCAGCCGCUCAUCUUCAAGAACGACCCCUACCACCCCGACCACUUCAACUGCACCAACUGCGGUAAGGAGCUGACGGCCGACGCUCGUGAGCUGAAGGGGGAGCUCUACUGCCUGCCCUGCCAUGAUAAAAUGGGCGUGCCCAUCUGCGGCGCCUGCAGGAGACCAAUCGAGGGCCGCGUGGUCAACGCCAUGGGAAAGCAGUGGCAUGUGGAGCAUUUUGUGUGUGCUAAGUGUGAGAAACCCUUCCUGGGCCACCGUCACUAUGAGAGGAAGGGACUGGCUUACUGUGAGACGCACUACAACCAGCUCUUUGGAGAUGUUUGCUAUCACUGCAACCGUGUCAUUGAAGGAGAUGUGGUGUCGGCUCUGAACAAGGCCUGGUGCGUCAACUGCUUCGCCUGCUCCACCUGCAACACCAAGCUGACUCUGAAGGACAAGUUUGUAGAGAUGGACCUGAAGCCGGUGUGUAAGCACUGCUACGAGCGCAUGCCCGAGGAGCUGAAGCGCCGGCUGGCCAAGCGCGAGCGCGACUCCAAGGAGAAGAAAAAGAAAAUGGCCAUCUGUUUGUAAACCUUUCUUUUCCUUUCCCCCCUCACCGCUUCUUUCCAUCCAUUGGAACAAGUUUGUGGAGUUUGACAUGAAACCGGUGUGCAAGAAAUGCUAUGAGAAGUUCCCCCUGGAGCUGAAGAAGAGACUGAAGAAGCUCGCGGAGACAGUGGGUCGCAAGUAGAUAUCCACGCCUCCAGAGGGCGCCACUGAUCAGCCAGGACCCGCCGAAUACCGAAGGGCUGAUCCGCUUUGAACCAGUUUCCUUUACACUGUGCUUUCCUCAUUUUAGUCAAUGUAUCGCCAAUGUAUGCUGUCUUUAGAAACGAUCAGAAAUGGCCAGAUCCUCAUUUUCACAAGGUCUAGUUCUAGUGAAGGGAUUUCCUCAGUUUAAUAUAAAUGCAAAGCAUUGAAAUAUUGCUUUCUUGUGUGACUUGGCAAGAAAAUGAAGUGUACACAAAAUUUAUUUUUUGGAUGUGCUUUUGCCAAUGCGAUGGAAAAACACAUACAUGGAAUUCACACAUGAACUUACGUGACACUAACAUGUAUCCAUAUUAGUACCUGGUACAUGACUUACGAGUGUGUAUGAUUACACAUUUGUUACAUCCAAAGACAAUACAAUAUAUUAGUUUAAUUAUUGUCCCCAUUUCCAAAAUGGAUUGUUUCAACGUAUACAUUUUUUGCAUGGUUUUAUAUUCUGUUUAUAUAUCUGCAUUUUGCCUUAUUUUUUAAUAUCUUCUAUGCAUAGUGGACAUUUAUAGUCUAUGUACUGGGCAAUUUUAGAGGACUGUUUGUUUGAGAAGUGUCUCCUUUGGUGCAGUGUUAUGAGAUUGACAACUGCUGCCUUAAAAUAUAAACACAGUGUAUCAUUACAACUCACUUUUAUGUUAAGAGUAUUACUGUUUACUGUUGAAUGAAACAGAAUAGUUUGCCAUGGAAAAUGGAUGGCAUGGAUGUAAAAUGUUUGUCAAGUUUGGAGAGGAGAGUUAUUGUGAACAUUUUAUAUUUGUAUGGGGGGGGGGGGUGGGUAAGCCAUGUCAGAUUAUCAGGAGCUAGCAUUUCCCCCUCCCUUUGGUCAAAAUCUUGUAAGCCUCUUUGCGAUAAACAUGUUAAGUUUGAAAUGGUAAGAAUCUAUGCAUUGUUUCAGACAAACACCAAAAUGCAUUUCAUUUUAUGAUAGUAUUUAACCUUGUGAUUUAUUUAAAUGCAUUUGCAUAUUGUAUGCCUCAUCGUGAACGCAUUGUACACAUUCCACAGCCAAGUGUGGUUUACACUUGUUAAAGCAUGAUUUCCUGAGGAAAGAUAAGUACCAGAUGCUUGUUUCGCGCACAGUAUGAAUUAACUACUGCUGAGUCUAUACAGGUUUCUAAAAAAUGUAUUCUGUGUUUAACUUGGUGCAUGUCUGCAGCUUUCAAUGUCCGGUUAUUUCCAUUAAUUUGCAUGGGUUUUCCCUGCAAAUUUCAAUUCAGCAUUUACUCAUGCACUGAUCACUGCUUCACUGUAGUUUGUGCCUUUUAUUACACAAAGUUAUAGUAUCAAAUAAAAGAUUAUCCAUCCCA